AUGGCUAGCCUUCCUAUCUCCACUAAGGACCACGACACCCAGGAACUGCUUUCCAUCCUUGGGGAGACUCAUACGAAGCCGCUUUGGGCCCAAAUGACUCGAUUAAACCCACCCCUUCCAGAUCCCAAAACUAUCCCACAUGUUUGGAAAUAUGACGAGAUCCGCCCGAACCUCAUACGAGCCGGCGAACUGAUCACCGAAAAACAGGCGGAGCGACGCGUGCUUAUGCUCGUCAAUCCUGCUCGAGAUGCACCUUUCACGACCGACACGCUCUAUGCUGGCCUCCAGCUUGUCAUGCCCAACGAGACUGCGCCCGCCCAUCGCCAUACCGCUUUUGCAAUGCGCUUCAUCAUUGAAGGGACCGGGGGCUUCACGGCCGUUCAUGGCCGACGAAUCAAGAUGCAGCGUGGAGACGUUAUCUUGACGCCAACGUGGAACUGGCACGACCACGGCAAAGACGGCUCAGGCCCCAUGAUCUGGCUUGAUGGACUUGACCUGCCAAACUUUGUCCACUUUCCGGUACAUUUUGUGGAGCACUUUGCGCAGCCUCGAUACCCCGCUGAGGAUAUCGAUACUUCGAACUCGCCAAUCGUCUUCCCCUGGGCAACCAUGCGAGCCACGCUUGACGCCGAGGAUAAGGACUGGGUCUCGAAGCCAUACCUGAAAGCCGAUGGCAGCGAAGUCAGCAAGAUCCUAGGUGGCUCAGCAGCACGCCUCGCACCAGGCAAAUCUUCGCCUGCAGUUCGAGAGACUUCAUCAGCUGUUGUUCACGUUAUCGAGGGGAGUGGCCAUUCCCAAAUUGGAGACAAGGUCAUCACUUGGAAGAAAGGCGACACCUUCUGCAUCCCAGCUUGGUUUAGAUACCAACACUUUGCCGAUCAGGGAGAAGAUGUCUAUCUGUAUCGGUUUGACGACAAACCAAUGUUGAAGUCGUUGGGAUUCUACCGUGCGGAUGGUGUGGACCUCGAGUCGCUGGUCUCUGAGUAG